AUGAAGAACCCCAGGGCGCCCGUUGAGCGCGGCGACGCAUCGUCGUCACCGAGGGUGUCUUGGAUUUGUUGUUGGGACAUCCACGAUCCUCCGCGCCUUCUGGCGCUGUCUCGCAACCGAAGCGCCGGGCCCCGCCAGACCGACAAGAACCCGUUUGUCGUCGUGCUUUUGUGGGGUUACGCUAUUCGGCACGUGAGCACGCGUCGCGACAGCCGGAACAUCAACCUCUCUUGCUCCUUCUGCGGAAAGAGCCAGCGCGAAGUGAAGAAGCUGAUCGCAGGGCCAACGGUCUACAUCUGUGAUGAGUGCAUUCGCCUCUGUAACGACAUCAUUGCCGAGGAAAAGCUCAAGGACAACGCGCUUGGUCCCAAGGAGCGGAUCCCACCGCCCACCGAGAUCAAAGACUUUCUCGACACCUAUGUGAUCGGUCAGGAGCGCGCGAAGAAGGUUCUUUCGGUCGCGGUCUACAACCACUACAAACGGAUCGGUCUUCGAGACCAACCGGACGGCAUCGAGAUCCAAAAAUCGAACAUCCUUUUGAUCGGGCCGACCGGUACCGGCAAGACGCUGCUCGCGCAGUCGCUCGCGCGGUUCCUCAAGGUUCCGUUCACCGUGGCGGACGCAACCACACUCACGGAAGCGGGCUACGUCGGUGAGGACGUCGAGUCGAUCAUCCAGAAUCUUCUCGCCGCCGCGGACAACGAUAUCGAGCGUGCCCAAAAGGGCAUCGUCUACAUCGACGAGAUCGAUAAGGUCGCGCGGAAGGGCGAGAACCCGUCGGCCACCCGCGACGUCUCGGGUGAAGGCGUGCAGCAGGGGUUGUUGAAGAUCCUCGAGGGGACGAAGUGCAGCGUCGCGCCCCGCGGAACGAAGAAGUACUCGCAGCAGGAGUAUGUGCAGGUCGACACCGGCAACAUCCUCUUCAUCGUUGGCGGCGCGUUCGUGGGACUCGACCAGGUUAUCGGACGCCGUAUCGGCAAGAGUGGCAUCGGAUUUGGAGCCACGAUCGAAUCGAAGGAGCAGAGCCGUCUCGGGCAGGUCCUUCAGAAGGUCGAAGCGGAUGAUCUCACGAAGUUCGGACUCAUCCCCGAGUUCGUCGGUCGUCUCCCGAUCAUCGCGACGCUCUCGGAUCUGUCGGAGGAGGACCUCGUCACGAUCCUUGAGAAACCGAAGAACGCGUUGGUCAAGCAGUACAAGAAGCUCUUUGCCCUCGAGGACGUGAAACUCGAGUUCACCAAGAGCGCGCUGCUCGCGGUGGCCAAGGAAGCGAUUCGCCGCGAGUCCGGAGCGCGUGGCAUGCGCUCCAUCCUUGAAAACCAGAUGCUCGACAUCAUGUACGAGGUCCCGUUCUUACCGGGGUCAAGGCGUGCCGGAUCACCAAGGAAGUGA